GGAGCUCCCGCCCGGGCGGAGCUGCGGCUGCAGCGUCCAGCUGCCGGACCGACCUCCAGCCGCGCAGACUGCGGGAGCGGCGCCGAGCUCCCUUCCCCCACCUCCCCAGCCCACCCUCUGAGCCUCCCGAGCCCCCUCCCCGCUCCCUGCAACUGUGCUGCACAUGGUGAUGAGUUUCCGGGUGUCUGAGCUCCAGGUGCUCCUCGGCUUUGCUGGCCGGAACAAGAGUGGACGGAAGCACGAGCUCCUGGCCAAGGCCCUGCACCUCCUCAAGUCCAGCUGUGCCCCCAGUGUCCAGAUGAAGAUCAAAGAGCUUUACCGCCGACGCUUUCCCCGGAAGACCCUGGGGCCCUCAGAUCUUUCCUUGCUCUCUCUGCCCCCUGGCACCCCUCCUGUAGGCUCCCCUGGUCCUCUAGCUCCCAUCCCCCCGGCCCUCUUGGCCCCCGGCACCCUGCUGGGCCCCAAGCGUGAAGUGGACAUGCAUCCCCCUCUGCCCCAGCCUGUGCACCCUGAUGUCACCAUGAAACCAUUGCCCUUCUAUGAAAUCUACGGGGAGCUCAUCCGGCCCACCACCCUCGCCUCCACUUCUAGCCAGCGGUUUGAGGAAGCGCACUUCACCUUUGCCCUCACCCCCCAGCAAGUGCAGCAGAUUCUCACAUCCAGAGAGGUUCUGCCAGGAGCCAAAUGCGAUUAUACCAUACAGGUGCAGCUCCGGUUCUGUCUCUGUGAGACCAGCUGCCCGCAGGAGGAUUAUUUCCCUCCCAACCUCUUUGUCAAGGUCAAUGGGAAACUGUGCCCCCUACCGGGUUACCUCCCCCCUACCAAGAAUGGGGCUGAGCCCAAGAGACCCAGCCGUCCCAUCAACAUCACACCCUUGGCUCGACUCUCGGCCACUGUUCCCAACACCAUAGUGGUCAACUGGUCAUCUGAGUUUGGACGGAAUUACUCCUUGUCUGUGUACCUGGUGAGGCAGCUGACCGCAGGGACUCUUCUACAAAAACUCAGAGCAAAGGGCAUCCGGAACCCAGACCAUUCCCGAGCACUGAUCAAGGAGAAAUUGACCGCUGACCCAGACAGUGAGGUGGCCACUACGAGUCUCCGGGUGUCACUCAUGUGCCCGCUAGGGAAGAUGCGCUUGACUGUCCCUUGUCGUGCCCUCACCUGCGCCCACCUGCAGAGCUUCGAUGCUGCCCUUUAUCUACAGAUGAAUGAGAAGAAGCCAACAUGGACGUGUCCUGUGUGUGACAAGAAGGCUCCCUACGAAUCUCUUAUCAUUGAUGGGUUAUUUAUGGAGAUUCUUAAUUCCUGCUCGGAUUGUGAUGAGAUCCAAUUCAUGGAAGACGGAUCCUGGUGCCCAAUGAAACCCAAAAAGGAGGCAUCUGAGGUUUGCCCCCCGCCAGGGUAUGGGCUGGAUGGCCUCCAGUAUAGCCCAGUGCAAGAAGGCAAUUCAUCAGAUAAUAAAAAGAAGGUUGAAGUUAUUGACUUGACAAUAGAAAGCUCAUCAGACGAGGAGGACCUACCCCCGACCAAGAAGCACUGUCCUGUCACCUCAGCUGCUAUCCCGGCUCUACCUGGAAGCAAAGGAGUCCUGACAUCGGGUCACCAGCCAUCUUCGGUGCUACGGAGCCCUGCUAUGGGCACGCUGGGCGGGGACUUCCUGUCCAGCCUCCCCCUACAUGAGUACCCACCUGCCUUCCCACUGGGGACUGAUAUCCAAGGUUUAGAUUUAUUUUCUUUCCUUCAGACUGAGAGUCAGCACUAUGGCCCCUCCGUCAUCACGUCGCUAGAUGAACAGGAUGCCCUUGGUCACUUCUUCCAGUACCGAGGGACCCCUUCCCACUUCCUGGGCCCGCUAGCCCCCACGCUGGGGAGCUCUCACCGCAGCACCACUCCAGCACCCCCUCCUGGCCGUGUCAGUAACAUUGUGGCCCCUGGGGGGACCUUAAGGGAGGGGCAUGGAGGACCCCUGCCCUCUGGGCCCUCUUUGACAGGCUGUCGCUCAGACAUCAUUUCCCUGGACUGAGUCCCCUGGAUUAUGGAACCUUCACUGCCUCCCAACACUGAGCGAGUAAUGCUGCAAAGUCUGGACCCCUGGCCGCUCUGACCCCUCAGGGGCCUUUGGUCAAAGGCCAGAAAGACCUUCAUGGACACGUGUUUUUGGCCUUAUGUCUGCCUGACAAGGCCAGCACCCAAAGGGUUAAUAUUUAACCUCUUUUUAAGGACAUUUGGGGUCUGUUUUGGGAAAUGUCCUUGGAUGUCCAGCACAUUCCUUUGGGUAUGUUAACAUAGGCGGUGGGAGGCAAAUGGGAUGGGAGGUGAGUUGGGGAAAGGGCUGAGUCCUCAGCCUUGACUGUCGAGAGCCUCAUGGGGAAAGGGCCCUUCUAGUGUCCCCCAGGCGCCCUCUCUUCCUGUUCCCCAAAGCGGGCUCUGUUCCUUCCCGUGUCCCAUGUCUCUUCAUGUCCAUUCCAUUCUCUUUGGCCAGACAGACAGGUGGAAUAACAGAUAGGCAGACCCAUGGAACAGAGAACUCUAUUUUGGGUUGCAGAUUUUUUGUGCAUAAACAAGAGAAACCAAAAUACUCCAAAGAUGACUUUCCCUGCCUCCUACUUCCUAGUAUGACUGAGGAGGAGACACGGCCUUAGCCCUGACCCCUAGGGGUUGGGGGAAAGGGCCUGGCCAAUUGCCUGGGUCUCUAUUUAUAUAUUUAAGUUCACAAUGUUGCUUAUGCUGACCAAGCCGGGGCCUGAGCUUCUAAAGGCCCGUGGCCCCGUGGCGAGGUCUGGCUCAUUCUGCACCUUUCCUGGGAGGUGGGGGCGCCCUCGUGCUCUCCCCGGUCUCCCUUUGCAGGCUCCUCUAGGGCCUAGGGACUAUGUUGUAAUUUUACUUUAUAUUCCCACAGUUGUAGCAAAGUUCUUAACCAUAAUAAAGGUUGUGAAUGUU